AUUAAGUGUUUACUUAGCUAAUUAUCCUGUAACUUCGAAACAAUAUCUUAUUAAUGGAUUUCUAAACGGUUUUUCACUUGAUUAUGUUGGACCUAGAGAAACGGCCACUUGCAUUAAUCUGUUGUCAGCACUUCAAAAUCCCGACGCUGCAAAUGAAAAGCUCAAUAAGGAAUAAAUUUAGGUCGUAUGGUAGGGCCAUUUAACACACGGCGUCUUCCGUCUUUGCGCAUCUCGCCUUUAGGUCUGAUUCCUAAGAAAACGCCUUGAGAAUAUCGCUUAAUUUAUCACCUGUCUUUUCCAUUUGGUAAAUCUGUUAACUCUCACAUUCCUAAAAUCGCGUCUAGCGUUCAUUACGCAUCAAUAGACGAUGCUAUUAUGAUCGAUGCCUCCCUAUGGGGUGUGCAAGCUUCUGUAAGAUUUUUGAAACAUUCAGUUCAGCUUUAGAGUGGAUUGCCCGACAUAAAUUAGGAAUUCCGGGUAUUUUACAUAUGUUAGAUGAUUUCCUUAUUAUUGAGCCCGACCGUUCGACUUGCUCCAAUAGUCUCUCUAAAUUUCUUAAGACUUGUGAUGAGCUAGGAGUUCCAAUGGCACCUGAAAAACUCGUAGGUCCGCAUAUUGUUUUAUCUUUCGCGGGUAUUGAGCUUGAUACACAUCAAAUGGAAGCUCGUCUUCCACACGAUAAGUUAGAGAAAUGUAGGAACAUGUUGCAAGACUUUUUAAAGCGUAGAAAGGUUUCUCUUCGAGAAAUGCAAUCUCUUAUUGGUUUAUUGAGCUUCACCUGCUCAGUAGUUCUACCAGGUCGGACUUUUCUUAGACGUAUGAUUAACGUCACUGUGGGUAUACGUCGCCCAACCUACUUAAUUCGUUUAAAACGUGACGUGAAGGAGAUCUUAACAUGUGGUUACAGUUUCUCAAUCACUUUAAUGGCAAAUCAUUCUUUUUAGAUUUCAUUUGGGUUUCCUCAGUAACGUUACAUUUGUGCACGGAUUCUUCCCGAUCUUUAGGUUAUGGUGCCGUUUUUGGAGAUAAGUGGGCGAAUGGCCCGUCAAAUGGAAAUCUAAGAAUAUCAUAGUACUUGAAAUGUUUCCGAUUGUACUUAGCGUCCGAAUCUGGGCGGAUAACUUAGCCAAUAGAUGUUUCAUGUUUCAUACUGACAAUGAGGCGCUAGCGGAGGUUAUAAAUAAGAAAACAACAAAGGACAGGGAGCUCUUGGUUCUUGUCCGCGCCCUGGUUUUGUCCUGCUUGAGGCAUAAUAUUCUAUUCAGAGCAAUCCACCUGCCCGGGAUUUUAAAUACGAAAGCUGACACCUUAUCGCUGUUGCAGGUGGACAAAUUCAAGUCCCUCGACCAGGAUGCGGACCAAGAACCGACAAUCGUGCCUCCCCCAUCUGUUACCAGAGAACUGGGAGAUAUAACUAAGAAACUUUUAGCUGCCAGUUUAAACAGCGCCUUGGCUAGAGUUUACAGACAGCCUUGGACUUUGUUCACUACUUGGGCUGCUCAAUAUCUAGGUACCUCGAUUAUUUCACUGCCAGUGCAACCAGCUGUUUUAGCUUUCUUUAUAUCACAUUUGUUUUCUCUUCACUAUGCUUCCUCAUCAGUGACCACUUACGUUUCCGCUAUUAGUUACAUACAUAAGUUAGUCGGGGUAGGCGACCCAACUGCAGCAACAAUAAUUGUUCAAAUUCUUAAGGGUUAUAGGAAAUUAGCUCCAGUCAGAGAUGUUCACUUACCAAUCACUCUGCCAAUCUUACACCAGCUAAUACAAUCGUUCACACAUACAGCCACGUCAUCUUAUCAGAAAUGCUUAAUGUCAGGCAGGUGCUCUUUAGCGCUUUUUGCCUUUUUACGAAUAGGAGAAAUGACCACCACAACUGGACAACAGGUCAAUCUUAUAAAUAUAAUGCAGUUAGAUCGUCUAGUAGACAAGCAUGGCCAUGUCAAGGCCCUUCAGCUUUCUCUUUUUCAAUAUAAGCAUAGCGACCCAAGUCAACCUUUUGUAAUUUAUAUUUAACGUGAGAUCAAUUGUUGUCUGGUACAACUUAUCUUAGAUUAUAUCUUGCUAAGAGGACAUACUCCAGGUCCCCUAUAUUGCUGGCCGGACGGGAGGCUGAUUUCUAGAUCAUUCUUUAUCACACAACUUAAUAAUGCCUUGCGGUUUAACAACCUAGAUGCUUCUUUAUACAAGUCACAUAGUUUUUGUAUUGGUGCGGCAAGCUGGGCACCCGCUAAAGGUUUUUCGGACUCUCAGAUUCGUUUGUUAGGUCGCUGGAAAUCAAACGCUUUCCUUAAAUAUAUACGAAUGCUUAGUCUCACCACUGACUUAUCAACACCCUAGCUAUGAAUUAGUGCAAUAGAUAACACAUGCAGGUGCUGUGUUGUCACAUCCUUAAUGUUUUCUGGCAUUAAGCUUCGUUUAUAUUUAUGAUGUCUCAGAGUUUGCCAACAGUCUUCGGGUAGGGGUGGCUGCUUAACAGCGUCCUUCUGGCCUUUUUCGUGGCCCUCACCUUUACUAGAGCUUAAAUUACUUUUAAAUCGUUGGUAUGACGACUUUAUAUACUUUAUGAAUGAUUAUUAUGUUAUGAUGCAGUUAAUUAUUAGUUAGUAAUUUAUCAAUUAAAAGCGGCCACGACACAUGGCCAAAUUAUUAUCCCAGCAGGUUGCUGUCAUUACUUUAAGCGCUCUAGCAAACAGAGCUCGACUGUUGGCUUAAAUCAGUCAUGUAGUCAAUAUGAUUGAAAACCAUUCAAUGGAAGGGGGCAUAAAAUACAUUUGUUCGAAACGAAUAGAACGAGAGAUCAAUACAUACAUGUACACGCCGUUGAUCAAACUUUUUUUGGUACCUAAAUGGAGCAGUUGUCUUUGAUAUAAGGUACAUGUACAUCUGCUUCUUGCGAUCAAUAUGUUUUUUUUUUUAAUUCUAUCCAGUGUAUUUUUUUUAUUUACUUACAACAGCCACAAUUCUUACAAUACAAAUGCUACACACAGCACUACAAUUACUUACAAAUUUACGAGUUUACAGCAAUGUGCAUUACUUACUAUACCACAACAUCAAAAUAUUACAGAGCCGUUCAGGAUGCAGGGGAAUGACAAGAUUGUUACUAUCCCUAUACCAGAGGAGUCUUUUCGUUAAUUGAAAUUUUAUUUUAGAUAUUUUAUUUUAGUAAAUUGAUAUUUUUCAGAUUGUACUUAAGAAAACACUUAUUAAAAAAUUCAUGCAUGUAAAUGGCCUUACUAUUGAUUUUGUUUGAACAUUAUGCGAUCACUAAGUUCAUUAAUUGUAAAUGCUCCAGCAAUUCUUGAGACACACAAGAUGCAUCUCAACAGAAAGGAGAAACAAGAUGAGAGGUGGUACAUGUAACUUACUCUUUUGAGUGUUAUUGUACUGUAUGGUGUACAUGCAAAAGUUAGGAAAACAGGUGUUUAUUUCUGGAGUGAAUUGUUCACCUUUAAUAAUCACAAGAUGCACAAAUUUGACUUGUUAAUCAUAAAAGGUGAUACUUUGUGAAUAUUAAUCGUAAAAUGCAUCUCUUACUCUUAAUAAUCGUAAAAUCCACAAUAAUUAUUAUUAAUGAGCAGGUUUGGCAGCUUUUACAGUUAAUAAUCGUAAAAUCCCAGA